ACCGGCUUGCGAUCUGAGAGCGUUUUAUUCAAACACAAAGCGUGUAGCAUACGUGAAACGGCAGCCCGUAAGAUACACGCCACAACGUCAGUGAACGCAUUUUUAUUUCAAGCCCAUUUACGGCCUAGCGCGUGAGCUCGCGAUCUUUGCGUCACCGUUUGUUAUUGUCGCACGUGUAUGCGGUAGACGGAGCCGAAAAAGUCGCUAAAUAAUUCAACGAGGGUUUGUGCGAUGGGCUUGUUGUCACAGGGGUCGCCGCUCAACUGGGAUGAGACCAAGAAACACGCCGAUCACGUUAGGAAGCACGGCAUCCUUCAGUUUCUCAACAUCUACAAUAAAGUGAAGGACCGACAGAAGGAUGUGCUCAAGUGGGGAGACGAGGUGGAGUACAUGUUGGUGGAAAUGGAUGACAAAAAUGAAAAAGCACGCCUAGUUUUGAACGGGAAGGAGGUUUUGGAAAUCCUUCAGGAAAAAGGAGAAAACAUCAACCCAAAUCAUCCCACAUUGUGGAGGCCAGAAUAUGGAAGCUAUAUGAUCGAAGGAACCCCUGGGCAACCGUACGGAGGGACUAUGUCAGAGUUCAACACGGUAGAGGACAACAUGGGCAAGCGGAGAGGAGAAGCUUCAUCUGUGCUUAAUAAAGGCCAAACUCUCCUCACAGUCACGUCAUUUCCCAGGUUAGGCUGCCCAGGCUUCACACUGCCAGAGCACAAGCCAACACCCAUUGAGAAAGGAGUGUCCAAAUCGCUUUUCUUUCCCGACGAGGCCAUUAACAGCCACCCUAGAUUUAGUACCCUGACCCGAAACAUACGCCAUAGGAGGGGUGAGAAAGUGGUGAUAAAUGUACCAGUUUUUAAAGAUAAAAACACCCCGUCCCCUUUUGUGGAGGUGUUUCCUGAAGAUGAUGGAGAAGCUGCCCGGGCUGCUCUGCCUGAUCACAUCUACAUGGACGCCAUGGGCUUUGGCAUGGGAAACUGUUGCCUGCAGGUGACUUUUCAAGCUUGCAGCAUCAAUGAGGCACGAUACCUCUAUGACCAGCUGGCCACUUUCUGUCCCAUAGUGAUGGCUCUCAGUGCCGCUUCACCUUUCUAUCGUGGCUACGUAUCGGACAUUGAUUGCCGUUGGGGUGUAAUCUCAGCAUCAGUAGAUGACCGAACUCAAGAGGAGAGGGGCCUGGAGCCACUGAAGAACAACAAAUUCCGGAUCAAUAAAUCGAGAUACGAUUCGAUUGACAGCUACCUGUCCUGCUGUGGAGAGAAAUACAAUGAUAUUGAGCUGACAAUAGAUGAAGAUAUCAACAAACAGCUUCUUGAUGCAGGCAUUGACAAACUGCUGGCACAGCACAUUGCUCAUCUCUUUAUUCGAGAUCCCUUGUCACUCUUCCAAGAGAAGAUUCAUUUGGAUGAUGAAAACGAAUCUGAUCAUUUUGAGAAUCUUCAGUCAACCAACUGGCAGACAAUGAGGUUCAAGCCUCCCCCUCCAAACUCUGAGAUAGGAUGGAGAGUUGAGUUUCGACCAAUGGAGGUCCAGCUGACAGAUUUUGAGAACUCCGCUUAUGUGGUUUUCAUUGUUCUUCUCACCCGUGUGAUCUUGUCCUAUAAACUGGAUUUCCUCAUUCCGUUAUCAAAGGUUGAUGAAAACAUGAAGGUUGCCCAGAAGCGAAAUGCCGUGCAGGAGGGCAUGUUUUAUUUUCGUACAGAUGUCUUUAAAGGCUGCAACCCAGUGUUAGAUCCACCAUCCACUGCUCUGAAUGGAGUAGAUAGUGACGUUAAUGAUGGAGACGAGUACACACUCAUGAGUAUCGACACCAUCAUAAAUGGGAAGGAGGGAGUGUUUCAUGGCCUGAUACCAAUGCUGAACAGCUACCUUGAGAACAUGGAGGUGGAUGUAGACACACGCUGCACUAUUCUCAAUUACUUGAAACUCAUUAAAAAGCGGGCUUCAGGUGAACUGAUGACUAUGGCUAAAUGGAUGAGAGAGUUUGUUGCCAAACAUCCUGAGUACAAGCAGGAUAGUGUCAUUACAGACAAAAUUAACUACGACCUGCUACGCAAGUGUGACCAAAUUGCAAAGGGGGAAGAAAAGUGUCCAGAACUGAUCGGAGACCCAGUAAACAGGGCAAAAUAAAAAAGGUGUCAUAUAAGAAGACCCUUUGAAUGCAUACUGAAGACCAAAUAAGAGGUGUUCCUGCUAAAAAAUGGUUUAAGGAGAAUAUUUGAAGUAGCAUGUGUUAACUGAUCAGGCCAAUCUGUGUUGAUUUUGUAAAUAUGAGAUUUUUAUGAUUCAAAAAUCAUUUUAAUUGUUUUGAAAGAUCCAUAAUGUAGUUGCAGUUGGAUGUGUACAUAUUUCACACAGCUCUCAGUUUGUGUGAGUUUGUUUAUGUAGCAAACACUAAAUUGUACAUUGCUAGGAUUCUCAUUGUUGAAAUGUGUAUAUACUUCACAGACGUUCAUCAGACAUUAACAAGUGUACUUUUUGUUAUAGACUAAACUGUUAAAUUGUCCUGCAGAUUAUUUUUCCCCUGGCAUUUAAUGGGUAUAAUAUUGUACCCAUGCUGAAUGUAAGAUGCACUGAUAGCACUGAAAUUGGUCUGAUGUUUGAAAGCAGCACUGGUUAAAAUGAUGCAGGAUUUUAUAUGGAAAAACAUAGUCUUGAAUAUUAAAAACCUAGUUUAUUAGCUAUGCUAUGACAUCGAAACAUUUUUAUUCUAUUUGUUUUGUUUUAUGCAGCAGUUGAACGCGUGUUCACCAGAAGUGAGUGCUGAACUUCUUUAUUAAAGUUUUGUCAACUUUUAUGUCUGUAUAUGGCUUCAAAUAAAGUGAUUUCUGUAUA